GCCGGCCUGGCACACUGCAGCCCCCUGAUGACUGGGGAGUGACAGAGGAAGUGAGGGCUGCCUCCCAUGCACAGUGAGUAUCCGCGGCGGAGUCGCUGCUAUGUGAAUCGGGAGAAUUAGCUGCCAACAUCAUGCCUGCUCUCGUCGGGCUGUGGAGGCGGGUUCCCGCUGCUGCCCGAUACCAGAUCAAAUGUCUAACUGGAAAUCUUCGCCUAAGCUCUGCAGUCUUUUACAGCACACAGUUUCCCUCUAGUGAUGUAACUGUUCAGUAUAGCCAUGGCCUCCCUGUGAUAACCCUUACACUCCCCUCUCGAAAUGAACGCUGCCAGUUCACUAUCAAACCCCUAACAACCACAUUGGGGACAUUCUUGACAGACAUUAAAAAGGAAGACAGAGGCAUUGAUGUGAUUGCUGCCACAUCCACAGAUGAUACCAAGUUUUCUAACUCCACAUUAAUGGAUGUUUUGCUAAUGAAUGACUUUAAACUCGUAAUUAACAACAGCACGUAUCAUGUCCAGCCACCCUCCAGAGAUAAACCUUGUCCUCAAGAUUCUAGUGAAAUGGACACCAUUAAAACUCUGGUUCAUCGUCUGUAUGCAGCUCUGCACCAGGAAGAAUAUCAGCUUAACAAGGAACAGGAGUUAUUAAAGAGGCUUGACAGUCUUAAGGAGCAACUGCAACCACUGGAACAGAUGAAGUCAAUGAUAUUAUCCAAAUCAGAUGCCAAGACUACGCGGCUCAUGUGGAUUGGACUGGCACUAAUGUCUACACAAGGUGGAGCUCUGGCUUGGCUGACUUGGUGGGUCUACUCUUGGGAUAUCAUGGAACCAGUUACUUACUUCAUUACCUACGGAAGUGCCAUAGCCUUUUACGCAUACUUUGUUUUAACCAAACAGGAUUACGUUUACCCAGCUAUCAGAGAGCGCCAGUUGCUGAACUACUUUUACAAGAGAGCCAAGACACAGCGGUUUGAUGUGAACGAGUACAACAGGUUACGGGAAGAGUUUGCAGAGACAGAAGAAAGCUUGAGACGUCUGCAAAAUCCUCUCCGGCUGGGGCUUCCCAUUGAACAGCUGAACGAAAAAGAAUAAUAUUUUUUUUUUUAGGACAAAAGUUUGUUAGGAUAUCAAUUUUGUAAAAAACUGGAAAAUGUUGCCCACUGUUUUCUGCUAAUG